CUCCGGGAUGCAGGUAAGAUCCCCUCGGCGUACGUAAGGCCUCAGCGCCCCCAGGUAAGAGCCCCUCCCCUUCUAGAUGACCCUCCACCUUCAGUGAGGCCUCCUGCCACCUUUAGGUGAGGGACCCUCUCCCCAGGUGAACUCCCUGUAUCUUAAGUGAAGCCCCUGCUACAGUCCAAAUGAGGUCCCGAGGACCACGUAGUUUUAAACCUCCCAUGCUCCCCCUAAAUUGGGAACUGACAGCCCAUGCACUCUAAAGCCCCUUCCUCCAGCUUCAGCUGCCAGGCCAGCAGUGGUGAGGCCAGACGCAAGUGGGUGACUCACCUUGGGCUCCUCCUAGCCUCAGUUUCUCCACUGAUGCAACCUGAAGCCUCCUCAAUCAGUCAAAACUGAGACGACUCUGGCCCCUGGGGAGGCUACUGGCUCUGGGGAGAGGAGACAGCAGCCAAGUGUGACAGAGAGAGUCCCCAUGGCCCUGGGCGUGCCUACGUGUGUGUCUCAGGGCCUGACAGCCCAUUCCCUCCCUCCCUGGCAGGCACUGGGCUCCCUCUGCUCCCCGUGGGCCGCUCCCCGCGUGGGGCCACUGCCCCCGGCCCCCGCCAUGGUGCGGAUUUCAAAACCCAAGACGUUUCAGGCCUACUUAGAUGAUUGUCACCGGAGGUAUAGCUGUGCCCAUUGCCGAGCUCACCUGGCCAACCACGACGACCUCAUCUCCAAGUCCUUCCAGGGCAGUCAGGGGCGUGCCUACCUUUUCAACUCUGUGGUGAAUGUGGGCUGCGGGCCAGCCGAGGAGCGGGUGCUGCUGACAGGCCUCCAUGCUGUCGCUGACAUCCACUGCGAGAACUGCAAGACCACUUUGGGCUGGAAAUAUGAACAGGCCUUCGAGAGCAGCCAGAAGUACAAAGAGGGGAAGUACAUCAUUGAACUCAACCACAUGAUUAAGGACAAUGGCUGGGACUGACUGAUCCCUGCUCCUGACGCAUGUGGCUCCAGCCCGGCCUGGCAGCCGGGGGGCGCCACUGGCCUCCCUCCUUGCCAAGGGCACUCUGGCCCCUCAGAGCCCCUGCAGAGGAAGGACCCAGCUCCUGUACAUAUAUUUUAUUGCAUGCACUGUGACCUUGGGGGGAAAAUCAGAAGGGGGACUGUGCCUCCACCUCUCCUGCGAUCUGGCUGGCUUGGAUCUCGUUUUUAAAUCCUUUCAACCCUGGCUGCCCUAUAGAUAUGGCCUGAGUGCUGCUCUCUAGGCCCUAGUGCCCCGUAAACUUCUCAUCCCACUCGCCCCUCUUACCCCACGCGUGUCAGCACCCCUCAUUCUGUAGCGUUUGUAAAUAAUAAAACAAUGACGUGGAGACUGUC